AUGUCACUACUUGAAAAUGCUUAUGGCACCGGUAAAAAACCACCAUUUGCAUUACUGCUGGCCCUGAUCAAUUUCAUAUUAAAACCCAAGCACAGUUUCAAAAAAAAGCAGACAUUAAAAGAACACUGGCUACAUUGUAAAAGAGCACAUGCCAUCUUGCUGGAUAUUUUGAGUGUAUUCGGGCCUAAAAUAUUCAACCCAAUGUGGAAUCAAUUCAGAUACUUUGAGCUCAUCUCGACAGAAGAAGCUAAAGCAGCACAAGAUGACGAUUAUGAUGAUUUGGAUACCGAGGAAUUAGCGAACUAUAGUGAUUUUUGGAAUUUCACAGACCGUACCUUGAACUGUGAAGCACAAAAUUUAGAAGCGAAAUGUCGAAUACUGAUGUUGGACUUUUUUGUCAAUGUACUGCAAGUUGAUUUGAAAUACAGAGUAGACAGCGAAGCUAGCAUGCAAGACGCGAUAUUCGUUCGUACAUUGAAAAAGGAUGCCCUCAGUAGAAUUAGUAAAUUUGAUAAUUAUAUCAAAAUCUUGUUGAGAACUUUCCCUCAAAAAGAUGAGAACCUCUUACAUCUCACUGGAGAUAUUUUGAAUAUGCUCAUCACCAUUUCUUGCUUUGCCAGAAUUGCCAAAAUGGAUGAUUUAGUGACGCAACUCUACAUUCCCUUCCAAGAAAUGAGCACCGACAUUUGUCAACAAUUAAUGCAAAGCAUAAAAUACCCUUCCUUCUUGAUUGCACUUUGCGAUAAAGCAGUUUCAGAUACAGACAUUUCGAAAGUAGAAGAACAACACAAGCAUUACCGACAUACUCAACAUGUUCCCUUGCAUUUAGAAAAACUAUUCUUUUAUGUCCUCAAAACACUACCACACGAUAAGAAAAACUUGGACAGUAUUUAUCGCCAUGUAGCCAUAGUAUCAAAAUAUUGCAUGGCCGUGUUCGCCACCGCGACAGUACGCCAUAAAAGAGAAAAUUCAGGUACAAAUUCAGCUUUGCCUGAGAGCCAAUUAGAAUUGUUAAUAAUGCAUCAGCAUGAAGCCGUCGAGAAAUGGGAGACUAUGAUUGAGAAUUUAAUAGACGACGCUCGAUUUCGCAAGGACUUAGAUACCAUAGAACAAAUUCGCUGGGCGAUAAAGCUGACACGUUUAACAAUGACUGAAUACUUUUAA